UUAAAGAACACUCGGGCAAGCAAGUGAAAGCCGCUGCGAGAGGCGACAGCCACAGUGAAUAAGGCAACAGUUUAAACACUCAUUGAAUUGGCUUUGAAGAAACGGAUAUUUGAUAGAUACCCAUUCCUACACCCAAUCACAUACACACACACACACACACAUCGCGGCAUUCGAGGGGAGCUUAAGCAGUCACUGAACAAAAAUGCCCGUCUUCCAUACAAAAACAAUCGAAAGCAUUUUAGAUCCUGUUGCCCAGCAGGUAUCUCGCUUGGUUAUCUUACACGAGGAGGCUGAGGAUGGCAACGCGAUGCCGGACCUUAGCCGGCCGGUCCAGGUGGUGUCGGCUGCGGUGGCGAAUCUGGUGAAGGUGGGCCGCGAGACGAUCAACAGCUCCGAUGAUAAGAUACUGAGGCAGGAUAUGCCGUCGGCAUUGCAUCGCGUGGAGACUGCCUCGCAGUUGCUCGAGGAGGCUUCUGAUAUGUUGCGCACGGAUCCCUAUUCGGGGCCGGCGCGCAAGAAGCUGAUUGAGGGAAGCCGCGGCAUACUGCAGGGCACCUCCUCGCUGCUGCUCUGCUUCGACGAGAGCGAGGUGCGCAAGAUCAUACAGGAAUGCAAGCGGGUGCUUGACUACCUGGCCGUUGCCGAGGUCAUCGGCACCAUGGAGGAGCUGGUGCAGUUCCUCAAGGAUCUCUCGCCCUGCCUCAGCAAGGUGUCGCGUGAGGUCGGCGCCCGCGAAAAGGAGCUCACCCACCAAGUGCACAGCGAGAUUCUGGUGCGCUGUCUCGAUCAGGUCAAAACCCUAGCGCCCAUAUUAAUCUGCAGUAUGAAGGUCUACAUACACAUUGUCGAGCAGCAAGGCAAGGGCGCCGACGAGGCGGCCGAGAAUCGCAAUUAUCUCUCCGGUCGCAUGAGCGAUGAACUGCAGGAGAUUAUACGCGUACUCCAGCUGACCACGUACGAUGAGGACACCAGCGAACUGGACAAUCUGACCGUGCUCAAGAAGCUCAGCAAUGCGAUUAGCAACAAAAUGGAGCUGGCCAACGAGUGGCUGUCGAAUCCCUAUGCCCUGCGCGGCGGCGUUGGCGAGAAGGCACUGCGUCAGGUGAUCGACAAUGCCAACGAGAUCUCUGAGCGUUGCCUGCCCCAGGACUCGUAUCCCAUACGCAAGCUGGCCGACGAGAUCAGCGUCAUGGCCAACAAUUUGUGCGAGCUGCGUCACGAUGGCAAGGGCAACUCACCCCAGGCGGUGGGCCUGGCCAAUGCCAUUCAUGGCCGUCUCGGCGAGCUGCAGGGUCUGGUGCGACAGGCUGUGCUCGGCGUUGAUAAGGCCGGUGUGCAGCAGACCGCGCAUACGAUUCAGGGUCGAUUGGAGCAGGCGGUCAAAUGGCUGCAGCAUCCGGAGAUCAAUGAUGGCGGCCUCGGCGAGCGUGCCAUCAACCUGAUUGUCGAGGAGGGACGUAAGGUAGCCGAGGGCUGUCCGGGCCAUCAGAAGGCGGAGAUAAUGCAGCUGUGCGACGAAGUGGAGCGACUAAAGCGACAGGCAGCCGGCACUGGGCCGGCUGCCAAGCAGGCGGCCAAGCAGCUCACCCAGAAGCUCUACGAGCUGAAGGCGGCCGUCCAGAAUGCGCUGGUCAAUCGCAUCGUGCAGGACUUUAUGGAUGUGAGCACGCCUCUCAAGCAGUUCACCGAGGCGGUUAUGAUGCCGGAGGGAACGCCCGGACGCGAGCAGAACUUCAAUCAGAAGUCCAACAACCUGCAGGCCUUCAGCGAUCGCGCCUCGAAAACGUCGCGCAUGGUGGCGGCUGGUGGGGCAUGUGGCAAUAAGAAGAUUGCUGAAAUUCUGUUGUCAUCGGCGGCACAGGUGGAUUCGUUGACGCCGCAAUUGAUCAAUGCCGGACGCAUACGCAUGAAUUAUCCGGCGAGCAAGGCGGCCGAUGAGCAUCUCCAGAAUUUGAAGCAACAGUAUGCGGAUACGGUGCUGCGAAUGCGGACACUCUGCGACCAGGCCACCGAUCCGGCAGACUUUAUCAAGACGUCCGAGGAGCAAAUGCAGGUGUAUGCCAAACUCUGCGAGGAUGCCAUCCAUGCACGUCAGCCACAGAAGAUGGUGGACAAUACGUCGAACAUAGCACGGCUCAUCAAUCGGGUGCUUCUCGUGGCCAAACAGGAGGCGGACAAUUCCGAGGAUCCCAUCUUCACCGAGCGACUGAAUGCCGCCGCCAGAAAUCUGGAACGAUCGCUGCCCGCUAUGGUUGGCGACGCCAAAUUGGUGGCCACCAAUAUCGCUGAUCCCGCUGCGGCUGCCGCCUGGAAGAAAUCAUUCCAGCGUCUGCUCGGCGAUGUGCGCGAGGUGCGUGACGCCAUUGCACCACCGCAGCCGCCACCAUUGCCCACAUCGCUGCCACCGCCCAUACCGGAACUGAGUGCCCUGCAUCUAUCCAAUCAGAAUGCGGAGCGUGCUCCACCGCGUCCACCACUGCCACGAGAGGGCUUGGCACCCGUGCGUCCACCACCCCCGGAUACGGAUGAUGAGGAUGAGGGCGUCUUCCGCGCCAUGCCUCAUGCCAAUCAGCCUAUACUUAUUGCGGCUCGUGGCCUGCACCAUGAAGUGCGCCAGUGGUCGUCCAAGGACAACGAGAUCAUUGCGGCGGCCAGGCGCAUGGCCAAGCUAAUGGCACGCCUCAGCGAACUGGUACUGUCCGAUUCGAGUGGCAGCAAGCGUGAGCUCAUUUCGACAGCCAAGAAGAUCGCCGAGGCAUCGGAGGAUGUGACGCGACUGGCCAAGGAGCUGGCGCGCCAGUGCACGGAUCGUCGCAUUCGCACCAAUCUGUUGCAGGUGUGCGAGCGCAUUCCAACCAUUGGCACCCAGCUCAAGAUACUGUCCACGGUUAAGGCGACCAUGCUAGGCGCCCAAGGAUCCGAUGAGGAUCGCGAGGCAACCGAAAUGCUCGUUGGCAAUGCCCAGAAUCUAAUGCAGAGCGUGAAGGAAACGGUUCGCGCUGCCGAAGGUGCCAGCAUCAAGAUACGAUCCGAUCACACCAGCAAUCGACUGCAAUGGGUCCGUCGCCAGCCGUGGUAUCAGUACUAGGCAAUUAGGCUUUUGAUAGAGUUAUCCAACGUUCGUGCCUUGUGUAACAUAAACUAUACUAAUCUUAAAACAUUUGAUGCUAUUUUAAUAUUAAUGCCCGUAAUCCUCCCUCUAAUUCCUCCAGCUACAUUUAUUUAUUAUGUGCUCUGCUUAAAAGAAAUACCCAACUGCGAAACCCUUUUUACCACCACUCGAAAAAUAUGUUUAUGUUUCUGUUUCUGUUUUGUUUUGUUUGGUUUCCUUUUUUCUCCAUUUCUGUAUUUAUAAAUUUAAUGUUUAAGACGUGCAAUAAAUACAUGUACAUACAUAUAUACAUACACACACACAAACUCUCAAUAAUACACACACACACACACACACACAUUCAGGUGCAAUGUAUAUAAAGCAAUCCAAUUGAAUAUGUUGAGCAACAUCCACAAAAACAAAAAACCUCACCACAACUAAUCGUCAGUUGGUUCUUGUAGCUGCAUUUACAGAGCCCCCAAAAAAUCCCUCAAAAUUGUUAAUUGAUCUUUGACUAACUUGAAAAUGUGCGAAUAUACAAGUAUACAUGUCUUCAUACUAUAUACACUAUAACUACAUGUAUGUGUAUAUCGAGUGCCUAAUUCACAUUGUACUUGCAUAGUUAUAACUAGAAGUAGUAGCCCUUAACCAACUAAGCCUAAAAUGAUCAACGCGUUAUGUGUCAUGUUCAAGAAAAAUAACUGAAAUAAAAUAUAUUUAUCGAGUGUUACAA